UGUCAAACGAAAUCACAAUAAAAUGGUGGACAUUGGUGUGUCAUUUGAUUUGUUUAGAGGUAUAAAAGUGAUUGAUUUGUAAUUUGGAGCUUAUUAGUGUAAAAUAAUAACUGAAGAGAGUGUUAAUUGUAUAAUACAAGUAUGACAAGUUUGAUAGAUAAAAUAGAGAAGUUGAUUAAACGUGAAAAGACCACGCCUGAGCGGAAACGAAAAGAUGAGUGUACGAAGUCUUCGAGCGAGAUUCUAUCAGAAUUAUUUAGUGCGUUUAACGCUGAUCCUCCUAAGAUCGACGAGGCCACCUUGAAGAAAUCAAAAAAGAGUAAGAAGAAGCACAAAAAGGAAAAGAAAAGCAAGCGCAGUAGAAGCUGCAGCAGUAGUAGUGACUCCGACACCGACGGUCACAAACAUAAGAAAAGAAAGAAGAGUAAGUCUAAGUCCAAACGUAAAGAUAAAGAUAAAUGGGAAAGGACACCUUCCUUAUCACGAUCCAGAACGCCUGAAUUGAAACCUGAUCCAGAAUUAAUUAAGACUCUAGCCAUUAAGAAAGAAGAUGACAAAAGUGUGGUUAAUGUUAAAGUUGCUGUAAAGGAAGAAAAGCCAGAUAAAGUUAAAGUUGAAGUCAAAGAAGAGAAGAAGAGGCGAGUUUCUGUGAAACAUGAAGAUGGUCAUAGUCCAAUAUCACAUAGUAUUGAUAAUGAUCAUAUUCCACUCCCAGAUAUGCCUAUGGAUGGCAACCUUAAUACAUGUGAUUUGCGAGUCAGACUGGAAGGUAAGAAAUGUGAUUCAGGAGACAAUGAUAAGUCUAAGGGUAAAAUUCAAAUAAAGAAUUUGAAGUUCAGUGCGGUGUAUGAAGAAACUGUGAAGAAAGCUGAAGAGGAAGCAAGGAAGAAGGCGAAGAUGUAUGAAGAAGGUGAAUACACAGACUCAUCAAGCUGUUCUGACAAGCCUGAGUGUACAAAUUCCCAGUUUCCAAAAUCUGCUGAUCCAGGUGGAAUAUUGAAAAAACAAGCAGUCGAAGAGAGCAAACUAAUUGAAGAACAGAAGAGUCAAUCCAAAAAGAGUAAAAGUUCAGAUAAACACACGGAGAAGCAUUCAGAGAGUUCUCACAAGUCUUCAAAGCGAGACAAGGAUAGAAGCAGAUCUCCUAAGAGAUCGCACAGCAAGUCACAUCGUUCUCGCUCGCGCUCGACAUCGCGGCGCUACCACCGGUCCUCAUCCAAAUCUCACCGCCGCAGUCGGUCUCGACACCGCUCGCGUUCGCGCUCCAGGCGCUCCACAUCACGGACACGGGCUAGGAGGCUCACUUCAAGACAUCGCAGGAGGUCUAGCAGGUCACCAUCAGGCGUGAAGCUAGCAGACAGCGAGAAGAAGCGUCUUCUAGAAGUGGCUAGAAGGAACGCCAUCAACAUGUUGAAGAACGGUGCGGUCCCCGCCGGCGCGGCCGCGCUGCCGCCGCACACCAGGAACCAGGUCAUGGCCGCUAUACAGUCUGGAGGUAAAUCAGUCGACGAAUUGACAGACUUCUGCAAGCAUUUAUCUAAGAAGGAAGCGUUGGGGGAACUAUCAUCCGUCUCGUCAAACGACGAAGGAAUGAGCGAGAACGAAGAUACGAUCGCGUUCCAUCACCCCUUCUUAGUCAAGGAGAAAGCUCCUAUUGUUAUGAAUAUAAGGGGCGGCGCCCCACUACCAGUCAAAAGCACGAGCAUACUUCCAGUAGCCAAUAAGGAAGAGUUACGACUCCAGUUCCCCGUGUCUUCUGGAUCACAACAUCGCGAGAAAGCUUCGGAGUGGGUGCCCGUCUCGCCGAAGAAAAGUGAAAUGCAAGUAGCAAAAUUGAACUCGAAGCCGGCUGCACCUAAGCCAGUCGAACCUCCUAAGCCGCCGCUGCCGGUGGAGGCGCCCGCGGUUCCGCUGGCGCUGCCCGCGCCGCCCGCGCCCCCCACGCCGCCCGCGCCCGCCUCCGAGCCCGUCCCUCCGCCCGCAUACGCUAAGAACUUCACUUCUGGAACCCAGCUGUCGACGGUGCCCGUGUUGCCUGUGUUGCCAGCGUUACCGGCGCCCGGCCCACAAGCGUACCCCCCCGGACUUGAACCACCGAAAGUUGACUAUGCAUCGAUCGUGUCACAGAAAAUAGCCAUGAUUCGCAAGGAGCAAGAGCAAAGCGAACUAGGCACCACGCGAGGCUUCGGCUGGUCAAAGGAGCAAACCCUGGGCCAGUUCACCGGCUCCACAGGCGCGCAGAUCCUGACUCCACGCGAGCUCGCCAGCGGCACGCAAGCGUGGGCUAAGAAGGAUCAACUGACGCGAGCUGCUCCCGUAGAGGGGGGUAUGGGGAUGCAUCUUCUUCAGAAAAUGGGGUGGACCCCGGGGCAAGGGCUGGGGAAAGAAGGCACGGGCACCCUGCAACCUCUGCUGCUGGAGGUCAAACUUGACACCAAAGGUCUACAGGCGAAGGAAGAAGCUGUUAGAGGGAAAGGAGUGAGAGCAGUCCGCCCCGGGCGGCGCGGCCCUGCCCCUCUGGUGGCCGGCGGCAAGCACCCGGUGUCCCUACUAGGAGAGUACUGCUCCAAACAGAAGGUUGGCCCGCCAGAGUACGACCUGUGCUUCGAGUGCGGACCUGAUCACAAAAAGAACUUCUUGUUUAAGGUGAAAGUAGCGGGCGUGGAGUACCAGCCCGCGGUGGCCAGCGCCAACAAGAAGCAAGCAAAAGCUGACGCCGCGCAACUGGCUCUGCAGAAACUAGGGAUUACUACCUAGACGGAGAUACUGAUUAGAUAAAUUAUUUACUAAUAAGUAAAUUUAAAUAAAAUUAUUAGAA